AUGAAUCAAGUCUUCAAGCCAUUCUUUCGAAAGUUCGUCAUCGUAUUUUUCGAUGACAUCCUUGUUUACAGUAGAAGCUUGACUGAGCAUGUUACCCACCUGCAGUUGGUGUUGCAAUGCUUUGUAGAACAUAAUUUUUUCUCCAAGGGACGUAAAUGUCAAUUUCUCCAGCAAGCAAUCAAAUACUUGGGACACCUAGUUUCAAGUGACGAAGUCAAGGCCGACCGGGCCAAAAUUGAAGCAAUGACCAGCUGGCCCCAACCUACGAACCGUAAACAGUUAAGUGGUUUUCUCGGUCUCACGGGAUACUAUUGCUGCUUCGUCGUUCACUAUGCUACCAUCACUGCUCCACUUACAGUGCUUUUCAAAAAAGACCAUUUCUAUUGGACAGCAGAAGAAACCAAAGCAUUUGUGAGGCUUAAACAGGUCAUGAUCGAAACUCUUGUUUUACGUUUACCCGAUUUUUCAAAGACAUUUGUUAUGGAAACAGAUGCUUCCAGUGUGGGAAUUGGCGGGGUGCUGAUGUAA